AUGCGCACAAUAACCUGGAUCAAAAUGGUCGCAGCAGGCGGCAUCUGCUGCAUCGGUGGUCCCGCUCUAAUCUACUACGUCACACCCACCGAAGAGGAACUCUUCCUAAAGUACAACCCGGAGCUACAGCGUAGGAGUUUGGAGCGGCGCAAGGAGAAGCAGGAGGAGUUUGACCAUUUCGUUACGAAUUUGAAGAAGUAUAGUGGGACGGAUCGGCAUAUUUGGACGGAGUGGGAGGCGGAUGUAGAGAGGAAGAGGGCGGCGGGGGUGCAGGCGGAGUUGGAUCGACGGAGGGAGGCGGAGAGGAUGAAGGCGGAGAUUAAGGGGAGUAUUAAAUGA